AUGUCAUCUCUUUCCUUCACAAAAUCAACAGUGACAAGAGGCAAAGAUGAAGUUUAUGUGGCAGCAGUUGCACUAAGAGCUACAAGGGGACCAGCCCAGCUUUUCAUGUCUGCUGCUUACUCUCUCAAUCUGUGGGACUUGCAGCACUUCAUGGUCAUCAUCAAACCCUCUCCUCCUCCUCUUCAUUCUCAGGCCAUUGUUUUUGAUUUUCAACCUAAAGAUCCUGAGAACAUAUACACAGCACUUGCAGCUAUAUCUGGUAGAGCAGUACCAGGAGUUGUUCUUACAAGGAUGUUAAAAAAGCUGCCUAGGAGCAGAUGUUGGUUUGUUGGAUAUUCGGAAGAGGAUGCUGUCGAUAAAGCCUAUAAGUUCAACAACACAUGGGAAGCUGAUUUGAGAGUUGGGUUUCAUGACUGUCGAGAUUAUACAAAUGGAUUGGUUGAACACCUCACUGGUGAAAAAUUGGUGUUGGAGCACCUGAGACGGACCACUGGUGAUCAGAGUUAAACCAUUAUUUCUAUACGUUAAACUUGAUCACAAGCAAUGUUAUCCACAGUCUACAAUAGCAGUAUUAGUUUUGGUGUUAAAAGGCCAUAUGCUCAUACAUUCAUCAGAGUAAAUUCCAUAGAAUCCAGAUUUUAGAAGUCUCAGGUUAAAUAUGGUCUUUGUUACUUGAAUAAUAAAAAAUUGUUCUCUUCCUUGCAAGGAAUUUUAUUAAUUGGUCUAUUUACACCAUAUUAAUCUGUUUAUUUGGUUUCUUGAACCUUUCAACUGCCAUCUGUAUGCAAUAGGCCAAAUCCAUA